UGUGGGAUGUCUCUGGCCAGCCAAGUGUGCGUGGUGACGGGAGCCUGCGGAUUCCUGGGACAGAGGCUGAUCCGGCUCAUCCUGGCCCAGGAAAAGGUGGCUGAGAUCCGCCUGCUGGACCGGACCAUCCAAGCCCAGCUGCUCCAAAGUCUGGACGAAUGCAGAGGCGGCACCAAGCUGAGCGUUUUCGAGGGGGACAUCCGGGACGGCGACUUCCUGAGGCGAGCCUGUCGGGGGGCGUCGCUGGUCUUCCACAUGGCGUCCAUCAUCGACGUGAUAAACGCCGUGGAUCCCAGCGAGAUCUACGCCGUCAAUGUCAAAGGAACCCAGCUGCUCCUGGAAGCGUGCAUCGAAGAGAACGUGGCGUCCUUCAUCUACACCAGCACCAUCGAGGUGAUGGGCCCCAACCCUGAAGGCGAGCCCAUCUUCAACGGCGAUGAGGACACGGUGUACAAAAGCUCCCUGAAGUUCGCCUACAGCAAGACCAAGAAGGAGGCAGAGGAAAGAACCCUGCAGGCUAACGGCGAGGCGCUCCCCGGCGGGGGCCGGCUGGCCACCUGCGCCCUGAGGCCCAUGUACAUCUACGGAGAAAACUGCCGCUUCCUGCUGGGCCACAUGGUGGACGGACUGAGGAACGGGGACCUUCUCUACAGGACGUCCCUGCCCGAGGCCAAAGUCAACCCCGUCUAUGUUGGCAACGUGGCCGCCGCCCACCUCCAAGCCGCCCGCAGCCUCCAAGACCCCCAGAGGAGAAAUGAGGUCGGGGGAAAGUUUUACUUUGUUUCCGACGACACGCCGCACGUCAGCUACUCCGACUUCAACCACGUGAUGAUGUCGCCGCUGGGCUUCCGUAUCCAAGAGAAGCUCAUGGUGCCUCUGCGCUUCUUCUACAUCGUCUGCUUCAUCUGGGAGAUGGCGUGCAUGAUGCUGCGCCCCUUCCGCCGCGUGGUGCCGCCCAUAAACCGCCAGCUGCUCACCAUGCUCAACACGCCCUUCAGCUUCUCCUACAAGAAGGCCCGAACCGAGCUGGGCUACACGCCCCAGUACACCUGGCAGGAGGCCCGCAAGAACACCGUGGAAUGGCUCGCCGAGCGGCUGCCCAAAGAACGACAGAAGCUGUGGAGCAUGUGAACCCCGUCACCAAAAAUAUACGCCUUAUACCUCCGUACGCCUCAUAUACCGUACAUCUCAUAUCUCCAUACAUGUCCAUAGCCAAGUCACUAAGAGGGUGAGACUGUUAAGAAUCAGCGCUAUGAUGCCAUCUGCUGUACAGAGCUGGAACAACAAGCUACAUUGGCUGACAGUCCCAUCAUAAUGUGUUUAUCAGCGACUACGUAGGGCAGCCCAAAUAGGUGUCCUAUUGUACUAACAUCCUACAUGUAGUUUUACUGUAUCCUAUUAAAGCUCCUUGGAACCUUACUGUCAUCUCAUU